CAUUAGGAGAGGCCUGUUGUAAGUUUUUCGGUAUCGGAAGUAGAGGAUUACCUUAUAUGGAAAAUGCUUAAAAUAGCACAUGACGUAUUGCAAAGGUUACGAUCUACGCACACUUCUGGAGAAAUGACCCGGAAACUGAUGCUUUCUGUCACGGAAAGCUCACGAGAGAGAUUCGAUUCGAAUUUCUUGAGAUUGAAACUGAGAUUUAAGCUUGCUUAGAUAUCAUCGCUGACCAAACUUUAAAUCAAAAUACUACUCGCGCCUUUUUUUUGAAUAUAAUUGUGACUGAAUUAAGUUCCUAGAAUUAUUUAUCGCGUUUUCGCUUGUAUUGUGAAUCGUCAUUUGAUUUCGCGACUUUAUUAAAAAAAAAAACAGCAGUAUUUGUCUAUAUUUUCUUUUCUGUCGAGAUGCACAUCCAGGUCGAGGAGCGUGUGUUUUCUUCCAUUGCAGAUUCAAGUGGAUGUCUUGGUAGUGCGCUUGUGGCAGGUGAUUCCAACGUACAUCGUAUCCAAGCAGCGAUUCCAAAUUGGUCCACUAUUCGAUGCCUCCCAGUAUCAGGAGCCAAGUUUGUGAAUGACAAGAAGGGAUUUGUGGCAGUUCUGCAGCUUUCAUUGAAGAAGGAGUUUUACCCAUGUGUCUAUAUUCAUCUUGGCUCCAAUGAUGUUCAAGCCAGAGAGGAUGUGUUUUAUAGGAGAGUCACUGAGGUAUGUGAUAGUAUCCACGAGACGAGUCCGGAAACUGAGAUUGUUUUAUGUUCUAUUCUGCCACGAAAAAAGAAUGACAGACGAGUAUCUUCAACAUUAGCGAGAGUCUUCAACAGAUGGAUCCAGAAUGCUAACACCAUGCUAAUGGACAUUUCAGAGGCCAUCCCAUACAUCAGAUUCCUUGGAUAUGGAGCUCAGGAAUGUGCUGAUGUGUUGGGUCGUGAUGGACUUCAUCUGAGUCGUGUUGGUGGUAGACAUUGUAGUCAGGUGAUUGAGGAGGAUGUGUAUUCCUGGAGUGAAAUAGCCUAUCAGCAGGAUGUACAUUGGAAUGAAGACAUACGCCAACCACAUUCAGCAGAGAUUGAUGCAUCAAGCUUUGACCAGUGCCUGGCAGCUGCUGUUGAACCAGUCAGUGACCAGAAUGUCCAGGCCAGCAAGCAGCCUCUGUACUCGGAAAUAGUCCGUUUGCCAGCAGCUGAAGUUCCAGAUGUUACCUCAGUGCAGCAUAAUGUGAAGUUACCAAGGCGCAAUGUAUUGAAGGUUGAUGAAUGUGCUAGAUCAGCCAGACCAUGUAACCACAGAUCAAACAAACAUGGAAGGGCAAGGCGAAGAAAAUUUACGCAACACAGACAGCUGAAAGUUCAAAGAUCUGAGCAGUAUAAAGAUCACGUUGAAAUUCCGUUGACAUCUGAUGUAACGGUAAAGGUGAAGGCAGACAAUGUACAUAGCAUCUGGAUGUGCCCGAAAGAAGACGCCAUUACCACAAAGAAGCGCCUACCUGUCUGCUCUACAAUGACUGGAGUUAAGAAGAUAAACAAGCAGACAUGGUUUGACUGCCCCCUAUGCCCAGUGAAGUGUUCUAGAGAAGAUUUCCUACUGGACCAUUUCUGUCGACGCCAUGUACCUGGAGGGACCAAAUACAAGAAGAACACUGACAAUUCUUUCUGUCAUCGGAAAUCAACGAAGAGCAGCAGAAGUCAGCCAAACUCGAAGAGCACCAUUUCAACAUCCAGCCUGAACCCUGUAGAAAAAACUUCACCUCCCCAUCAAGACCUAUCACUGUGAAUGGAAUAAUUGUGGAUUCAUCGGGCUAACAACAACUAGAAUGGGACAACACCUGCGACAACAUGGACGAGAAGAGGAAUGCAAAUGGGCGCAAUGCAAUGGAUUUCAGCGAACGAGCGACGAAGACCUGGAGUUACACAUUAUACACGACCACUUCUUUGAUGACAGAAUCACCUUUCCUUCCCUAGAUGAUUGGCUGGAAUAUCUCCCAGAAAAAAGAAUCGACCCAGAAACCACUGAUUUACGCUUCUGUCCAAAACACCUGAGAAGCAAGCUGAAGUUGUUACUGUUUGAUGAGGACUACCUGGACAUGCCGACAAACAAAUCCUACACAAUGAGCGACCACCUGUGUACACUGGAUUUUGAAAGUAAUCAUUAUACUAAAAAUUUCUUAAAUAUUGAGAAAAAAUUUAUUGAAAAAAGACUUUUGUUAGGUGAAGACUGGUCAGAUUAUAAUGGUAAAUUUGAGGAAAAUGACACUGAUUCACUUUUAAGUCCAGAUCCAAAAGUCCGCAAGCACAGGCAGUUCCAUGGUGGAAAAUAUCAAUUCCACUUUGUCCAAACUUCACGUCCUGAAUUAAGUUCAAAUUCUCAUUCUGGAACUAAGUUAAAGCCUGUAAAAAGAAAAGCUUCCUGUACAUUUCCAAAUGAAUGGUCAAGUAUCUUGCUGACAAAUUUACAAUUCUGUUCUCAUGCCAUAACUAUGCAGAACUUAUUUCUGAAUUUGAUUUUAGAAGAAGGAAUUGUUGAUUGCAAAAAACUAAGUUUUCUUAAGUUAGAAUAUGACACUGCUCUAUUAGCAUCAGCCAAAACCUGCACCAAAGGUGUUUUUGUUUGUCAUGUAUUUAAAAUCAUUGUAGACAAUGCUGAAUAUCUGUACAUCCGCUAUGUUGAGUCUGGAGUGUAUGCUGGCCUAAUGGAACAGAAAUAUUUGCAAGAAAUCAAAGAUACAUUUCAUUACACUGACAAUAAUAUGUUUUUGCAUAAUACAUUAACAGUGGAAGAUAUACAGAACAUGGAAUCUGAUCAUAUAAAAGAUAAAAAGGAAAAGCCGAAUACAUAUAAGCCCAGCAGCAGACUUAAUGAUUUCUUUAAGCAAAAAUUCAUUCCAGGUAU